AUUGCACGCGAUUUGGAAGCAAUUUACAAGGAGGGACGGCUCACGGACUUUACAAUUGUUGCGGGUGAUCGUGAGCUGCCAGCGCAUCAAGUGAUACUCUCCGCACGUUCGCCAGUGUUUGCAGCUAUGUUGGAACCCCAUACGGACGAAGCAAAAAAUAGCCGUGUCGUCUUUCGAGAUAUUGAUUUCGAGGUAAUGCAAGAGUUACUUCUUUAUAUGUACAGUGGUCGAUGUCCUAAUUUGUCAACGAUGGCCUUAGAGCUUCUGGCAGCAGCCGAUCGAUUCCAACUUCCCGGUCUCAAAGAUAUGGCCGAUCAGGUGCUGCGCAAUGGAUUGAUGGUGGAAUCGGCGUGUCGCUAUUUGGUUUUCGCUGAUAUGCACAAUGCCCGAGAGCUGAAAGCCGAUGCUGUGAAAUUCAUCGCGCAGAAUUCAUCGUCCGUCAUUAGUACGGAUGGAUGGGCAGAACUGGUACAGGAGCAUCCAGCACUGGUAACUGAAAUCGUUGGUGCCAUUUCAAACUUUGACUCGCGUCCAGCAAGUGUCAGUAGCAGCAGUAGCAGUCCAGGUAUGUCACUUCAUGUGCUGCGCAACGGAUUGAUGGUGGAAUCGGCGUGUCGCUAUUUGGUUUUCGCUGAUAUGCACAAUGCCCGAGAGCUGAAAGCCGAUGCUGUGAAAUUCAUCGCGCAGAAUUCAUCGUCCGUCAUUAGUGAGGGAUUGGAGACGUUUUCAUUGGCAAUCAUUGGAGAAGCUUGUGAGUCUAGAAAAAUGGAAAUUUUUGUUUAA